GUGCAGCGUUUCAUAAUUGUGGGUGUUAUAGUAUGUUGUGGUGAAAGUGGUGUGACGCAACGUUACGGUCGGAGCAGACAUGACGGAAAUCGGUUUUGGAACGCAGUGUCUUACUGUCAUCGGUUUCCUAAAUGUCUUAGCCCAAAUAAGAUGCCAGUACCCAGCUCUUCACCCGGUGUCGUUCGCGCAGACCCCGGCUGAAUGGCAUAAUCCGCACCAGCCGAGAAAUCCACCCUGGCAGUUCUCAACACCAAGAAAAAGAUCCCCCGACUCCAUGCAGAUAUACUACAACACACAAACCACCCACAACCAUGGUCCAUUUGGCAACGCACCAAAUUUUCAACCAAACUACCAAAGUUACCAGAGCCAUGGCCCUCAGAAUUAUCAAAGCAGAAGAAUUGACCUUAUUAAUUCAGAAACCAGAGACAACCCAAGCGAUCCACGUUUGCUCUCCGAUUCGGCUUUCACCAGGAUAUCAGAAACUUUAGGUGCCAUAAACACAGUAGGCCAUUACCUCGUUGACAUGGUCAAUGAGGAAGAGAAAGACGAAAGCGAUCCCAAUCUCAAACAACUUCCGCAAGCCUUGUACACCAUAAGCAAGAAUGUCUUAGGGAGAAACGUUACAGACAAAAUAGCUCCUAUAGUUAAAAAGGCGCUACCGAGAGUCCUGCCUGAUGCACCAAUAACUAAAAUAGCUACAGGAGAUAGGCAGGACUCAAAAUCCUGUACGACGCCUGAAGGAGAAGCAGGAAUAUGUGAGGACUUGAGCAACUGUCCUCAACUACUUCUGAACUUAAUUAGUCUUCGUGAAUCUCUCUGUUUCAAAGACCUGUUUGUCCCUGGAGUCUGCUGUCCUAAAAACGCUAUAGUGACCUCAACGACAGCAGUCGAAAGACCAGUGGUAGCGACAACUAGCAAUCCGACUUACCUAGUCCCAGUGACUACUCCUCGGCCUUCUAAACCGACGACGACGAAGAGGCCAUCGGCCGUGCUUGUGUUGACGACGAAACGGCCACGGCCUGCGACGACGCCCAGGCCUACGAGCGUGACGACUGCUAGACCGCCUUCGACUACGUUUGCGACAGUACCGCCUCCUUUUAUCGCUAACUUCUCAAACAUUGUGGAUAUAAGCGAGUGCGGGCAACGCGAAGACGAAGGCGGCCGCAUAGUGGGCGGCACGGAGUCUGCGCCCGGCGCGUGGCCGUGGAUGGCCGCCAUCUACCUUCACGGGAAUAAGAGGAGAGAGUUCUGGUGCGGAGGCACUUUGGUAGGCACUAGACAUGUGCUUACAGCUGCUCAUUGCACCAGGGACUCUAAGCAAAGACCAUUCCCACCACGUCAGUUCAGCGUGCGCCUGGGAGACGUGGACCUGUCCCGAGAUGAUGAGCCGUCCAGGCCAGCCACUCUACGUGUUGUAGCUGUGAAGGCCCACGAGCAGUUCUCUAGAGUGGGAUACUACAAUGACAUCGCUGUGCUGGUUCUCGGUGAAAACGUCCAAAAAUCGAAAUACGUGAUUCCAAUCUGCCUACCCACGGCCGACCUAUACCGACAUCAGUUCGAUGGUUCUGUGGCAACCGUCGUCGGUUGGGGCACCACUCGCUACGGCGGAACUGAGAGUUCGAGACAGCUAGAAGCGAAGCUUCCUGUGUGGAGGAACGAAGAUUGCGACAAGGCGUACUUCCAGCCAAUCACUGAGGCGUUCUUGUGCGCCGGGUACGCUAGAGGCGGCGUAGAUGCGUGUCAGGGUGACUCAGGCGGCCCGCUGAUGCUGCAGGUGAAUGGCCGCUGGACGCAGAUAGGCGUCGUGUCAUUUGGGAACAAGUGCGGCGAGCCAGGGUAUCCUGGGGUCUACACCCGGCUCACGCAUUACGCUGGCUGGUUGGACCAGCAUCUAGUUUAGUAACCUUAAUUAUGU